GUGUCGCGUGGACCGAUGCGCCGCCCUCUGAUGUGUGAUGAACAAUGGUAAAUGUGGUUGUUUUGUGAUCUACUCUCCCUCGAAGUCACUACACCGGAGCCGUUACAGAUUCAGCACCUUCUUUACGAACGACUAAUAUAUAACUCACGCCUUUACAAAUGGAGAAGCAGGUUGUGGAUGGGUUGAGGGAGGUCUUCCAGUCGGGCAGAUCCAGACCCCUGCAGUACAGGAAACAGCAGCUCAGAGCCCUGCACAGGCUCAUCACUGAACACCAAGCAGACAUUGAACAAUCUCUAAAACAAGACCUCAACAGGAGUACGUAUAACACUUCCCUAUUUGAGCUGAUCGGCAUUGAGAGUGAAAUCAAGUUGGCAGAGAGUGACAUGGCUGACUGGGCAGCUCCUCGGCAUGUGAAGAAGAAUCUCAACAGCGCACUUGAUGAUGUUUACAUAAAGCCUGAACCUUUGGGUGUUGUGCUGAUAAUUGGAACCUUUAACUACCCUUGGGCCAUGAUCCUGCAGCCCCUCGUCGGAGCUAUUGCAGCAGGAAAUGCAGUGGUGGUGAAACCAUCAGAGCUGAGUGAGCACUCUGCUAGACUUAUGAAAGAACUGCUUCCUCUUUAUCUAGAUAAGGAGAUGUAUCAAGUGGUGACAGGAGGGGUUCCAGAGACCCAGGAGCUGCUGAAGCAGCGUUUCGACCACAUCUUCUACACUGGAAGCAGCACUGUGGGGAAACUGGUUAUGGAAGCAGCAGCCCGUCAUCUCACACCAGUCACUCUAGAACUGGGUGGGAAAAGCCCUUGUUAUAUUGACAAGAACUGUGACAUUGCCGUGGCAUGCCGACGAAUAACCUGGGGGAAGUUUGGAAAUUGUGGUCAGUCAUGCAUUGCACCUGACUACAUUCUGUGUGAGCCAAGCAUCCAGGAUAGGAUAGUUAAAGAGAUUCAAAAAACACUGCAGGAGUUCUACAAAGAGGAUCCUAAAAGCUCUCCAGAUUAUUGCAGAAUCAUUAACACACGUCACUUCGACAGAGUAUCAGCUCUGAUGAACGAAUGUACAAUUGCUCUUGGAGGAGAGAGUGAUCGCUCACAGUGUUACAUAGCUCCUACAGUUCUAAAGGAUGUUUUGCCCCAUUUCAAAAUCAUGCAAGAAGAAAUCUUUGGACCGCUGCUUCCAAUUUUUACUGUUAAUGGCUUGAGUGAGGCCAUCAAUUUUAUCAACACAAAGGAAAAGCCUUUGGCGCUCUAUGUGUUUUCCUCUGACAAAACGGUGAUCAAACGAAUGUUAACAGAAACCUCCAGUGGAGGAGUUACUGUUAAUGAUGUAUUGAUGCAUUAUACUGUCGAUACCUUGCCUUUUGGAGGUGUGGGAAACAGUGGAAUGGGCAGAUAUCAUGGGAGACACACGUUUGACCAGCUGAGUCACCAUCGUUCCUGUCUCAUCAAGUCUUUUGCAAUGGAGAGUUUGAAUGACGCCCGUUACCCUCCACUAACAGCAGCCCGACUGAGCAAGGCCAAGUUUUUCCUGCAGCAUCACUUGUGCGGUUGUAGUGGCGUAUGUGUGUGGGCUGUCAUCGCCAGCAUAUUGGCAAUUGGUCUGCUUGUUGGCUUAAUAGUUGUGCUGAUUCAGAAGACUCCAGUUUGAAGCAAUGGAUCCCUCUGCAUAAGCUGCUGUUUGUUUUGUUUAUUUUCUGAAUUUUUUUGAUAUCUAAUAGAAAACUUUUAUCGUUUUUGAUCAUUUGUACAAGUAUUAAAUGUAUGUAUCAUUGUCAUACAAAAUUAUUUAACAUGUACAUUUACUUUGUAAUCGAUUUAAACAAACAUAAAUACUCUACUACAUUUUAAUCUUCUAAAAUAAGAAAUGAGAUUUGUCUGUAUGGCUUUUCCUACUUCUGUUGAGAUUUUGUGCUGUUUUACUGCUGAACUGUACAGAAUCUGCACAGUUGGGUCUUCUAAAUGGGCAAGUUAGCAUUAUUUCUUUCAUGCAGCAGGACAAUACUUGCAUUGUUCUCGUUGUUCUCCAGCUUAUUUUCUUUAUGCAGUGGACGGUAUGGAGAGCUUUAGCACAUGAGCUUCCAUGUUUAUUUAUUUCAAUAAACUUUUACUCAUAAUGAUGUCAACAAAGAAAAGAUUGCUUAUUAACAAAAAUGUUGAUUGUAUGUGAUUCAGUGAUGUUGCAAAGUUGUAUCUUAAUGCUUUAUUAUAGUCUUGGGACAAAUCUAACAGGCUUUAAUAAAAUUCAGAGCAAAAUGCCAAUUAAUUAUUAUUGCUAAUGCUACUGCUUUCCACUAAGCCACUGGUAAGGAGUUUGUAGUAUAGAAGUAUUUGACCCGUACUCCAUGCACACAGAUGUAAGAUGCAAAUAGUGUCUUUUUUAAUCGUGCUCCAAAUGAAUAAACAUUGCUUCCAAUUAG